AUGUGUUUCACCAAUGAAUGCCUCGCAAAAAGGCGGGCUCAUGAACAGGGAUAUAAAUUCUCACACUCGGUGAAAGAUCUUCAACUUCAACUGUUCCAAUCCAGGACUCCCACAGUCGCUCCAAGCAUGUUUGGUUCGAGGAUGUGGUCCAAAAUGACGGUGCCAGGGUGUUUUUUAUUGUUUCUGAUUUUACAGAUUUUUACAGGAAGCACCUCAGGAGGGACUCUUGUCACCAGCUGUGAUUUAUGUCACGAUGAUGCCACCUGCCUGGAGUCUAAAGAAAGAGGAGACACUUUCUCAAGCCAGGCGCUCUCCUGUGUCUGUAAAGAUGGCUUUGUGGGGGACGGCAGCGUGUGCUACGAUCUGAAAGUCUGCAGUGACUCUUCUUGCUGCAAAGACGGUUAUCACUGGUCACCUGACAGAGGCUGCGUGGACACUGACGAGUGCUCCCUCAAAGACUCACCCUGCAAGUCACCUCAGGUUUGCUUCAAUACUCCAGGCUUCUUUGAAUGCCAGGAGCCUUCCCCCAGCACCAGACUGGGUCCGUCCUCCAGGUCUGUCCAGUUCAACUGUGGAAGUGUGACGUGUCCAAGAGGUGUGGACUGCAUCAGAUUUAAUGGGAGUCUCCGCUGUGCUGACCCCUGUCAGUUCCACACCGUGCUGAAUGAUGAGUGGCGAUCAACGAAUAAUACAUCCACCCAGAACCCACGCUGUGACCAACAUAUUAACUGGCAAGGUUGGUACCGGCUGGUUCUUGGACAAACCAGUGCUCAGAUCCCAGAGAGGUGUGUGGCUGAGAGGAGGUGUGGAACCCACGCUCCCCUGUGGAUAACAGAACCUCAUCCAACGCAGCCAGGUCAGAUAGUUCGUCGCACUGUGUGUAACGCCUGGUCUGGUAGCUGCUGCCAGUUUCCCUCGCACAACGUCCAUGUCAAGCUCUGCUAUGGAAACUACUACGUCUACAAACUUGUGAAGCCAAGCGGAUGCAGCCUUGCAUACUGUGCAGAGGUGAACGGCACAGCUCCAGUGGUUCCCACACCUACAACUGGACCAGGUACUACACCAGACUAUACUCUUAUGUCCAACAUCACCUCCACCACAACAGCAGGCAACAGCUCAGCAGCUCAGGGGGAGGUCCGCCUGGUUAAUGGGAGCAGCUCCUGCUCUGGCAGAGUAGAGAUCUUCCACAGAGGACAGUGGGGGACGGUGUGUGAUGAUUCCUGGGGUCUGCAGGAUGCUCAGGUGGUCUGCAGACAGCUGGGCUGUGGAAGGGUCCUAUCUGCACCACCAGUUGCUGCUUUUGGACAGGGCAGUGGACCCAUCUGGAUGGAUGAUGUCUCGUGCACAGGCAGCGAAUCAGAGCUCAGUGAGUGCAGGCACAGAGGAUUUGGAUCUCACGACUGUAGACACAGCGAGGAUGCAGGUGUCGUAUGUGAAGCUGUUGCACCAGUGAGGCUGGUAAACUCUGACAGCCGCUGCUCUGGCAGAGUUGAGAUCUACUUUGCCGGUCGCUGGGGGACGGUGUGUGACGAUAGCUGGGACCUCAGGGACGCCAGCGUUGUGUGUAGACAGCUUGACUGUGGCUCUGCUCGUUCGGCUCUAUCAAGCGCGGCUUAUGGACAGGGCACAGGACCCAUCUGGAUGGACGAUGUGAGCUGUUCUGGUAACGAACGGCGCCUUACUGACUGCAGGCACCCAGGGUUUGGGAUCCACAACUGUGGUCAUAAUGAAGAUGCCAGUGUCCUCUGUGAAGGUCAACAGGACUUCAACAGCACAAUCGUUCCAACAACCCCUUAUCCAAAUAUAACAGCUACAGCUCCCAGCGAAGCCAACAUCACCUCCACCACAACAGCAGGCAACAGCUCAGCAGCUCAGGGGGAUGUCCGCCUGCUUAAUGGGAACAGCUCCUGCUCUGGCAGAGUAGAGAUCUUCCACAGAGGACAGUGGGGGACGGUGUGUGAUGAUUCCUGGGGUCUGCAGGAUGCUCAGGUGGUCUGCAGACAGCUGGGCUGUGGAAGGGUCCUAUCUGCACCACCAGUUGCUGCUUUUGGACAGGGCAGAGGACCCAUCUGGAUGGAUGAUGUCUCGUGCACAGGCAACGAAUCAGAGCUCAGUGAGUGCAGGCACAGAGGAUUUGGAUCUCACAACUGUGGACACAGCGAGGAUGCAGGUGUCGUAUGUGAAGCUGUUGCACCAGUGCGGCUGGUAAACUCUGACAGCCGCUGCUCUGGCAGAGUUGAGAUCUACCAUCAGGGUCGCUGGGGGACGGUGUGUGACGAUGGCUGGGACCUCAGGGACGCCAGCGUUGUGUGUAGACAGCUUGACUGUGGCCCUGCUCAUUCAGCUCUAUCAAGCGCGGCUUAUGGACAGGGCACAGGACCCAUCUGGAUGGAUGAUGUGAGCUGUUCUGGCAAUGAACCGCACCUUACUACCUGCAGGCACCCAGGGUUUGGGGUUCACAACUGUGGUCAUAAUGAAGAUGCCAGUGUCCUCUGUGAAGGUCAACAGGACUUCAACAGCACAAUCGUUCCAACAACCCCUUAUCCAAAUAUAACAGCUACAGCUCCCAGCGAAGCCAACAUCACCUCCACCACAACAGCAGGCAACAGCUCAGCAGCUCAGGGGGAUGUCCGCCUGCUUAAUGGGAACAGCUCCUGCUCUGGCAGAGUAGAGAUCUUCCACAGAGGACAGUGGGGGACGGUGUGUGAUGAUUCCUGGGGUCUGCAGGAUGCUCAGGUGGUCUGCAGACAGCUGGGCUGUGGAAGGGUCCUAUCUGCACCACCAGUUGCUGCUUUUGGACAGGGCAGUGGACCCAUCUGGAUGGAUGAUGUCUCGUGCACAGGCAACGAAACAGAGCUCAGUGAGUGCAGGCACAAUGGAUUUGGAUCUCACAACUGUGGACACAGCGAGGAUGCAGGUGUCGUAUGUGAAGCUGUUGCACCAGUGAGGCUGGUAAACUCUGACAGCCGCUGCUCUGGUAGAGUUGAGAUCUACCAUCAGGGUCGCUGGGGGACGGUGUGUGACGAUGGCUGGGACCUCAGGGACGCCAGCGUUGUGUGUAGACAGCUUGACUGUGGCUCUGCUCGUUCGGCUCUAUCAAACGCGGCUUAUGGACAGGGCACAGGACCCAUCUGGAUGGACGAUGUGAACUGUUCUGGCAAUGAACCGCACCUUACUACCUGCAGGCACCCAGGGUUUGGGAUCCACAACUGUGGUCAUGUUGAAGAUGCUAGUGUCAUCUGUGAAGUCCCGAGGAUGCAUAACUAUCAGCUUAUUUGUGGUCCUGAUAAACUCCAUGUGGGACUGGAUUUACAUGACCCGACAUCCUCUGGUUUGAACCCAUUCUCUGGCAACUUGGCAUCUCGCAACUGCUCCUGGGUCAGAUUUCAGAACAAUGUAGUGUGGUAUGAAGUGGCGGCCAGGGAUCGUGCUUGUGGAAACACUCUUGUGACCAACAGCACACAUGCCAUCUACUCCAACAGUUUAUUUAUCUACCCUGCUAUCAACGGGUCCUUCAACCUUCCUGUGAGCAUCCCCUUCUCCUGUGCAUACCCCCUGGAGACAGACGCCAGCCUGAAUGUGGCUAUCAGACCAGUCCUGCCGUCUGGUGGCAUUUCAGGCUCAGGCCCCAAAGCCCGAGCCUUCAUGUCUCUUUUCCGCAGCUCCGCCUACACUGAGAGUUACCCAGCUGGCCGGGUCACCCUGCCUGUGGGUUCUCCCUUGUACGUGGGUGUCUCUGUACCUAGGACAGAUCCCAGCUUUGUUGUUGUGCUGGACAACUGCUACACCACUAAUUCACCCUUCCCUCAAGAUCCCAUGCAAUACUCUCUCAUCCGGAACAUGUGUCCCACUGACAGCCAGCAGGUGUCCAUAACUGAGAGCGGCAGGUCGUCCCGUGCUCGUUUCUCUGCUCUGCUCUUCGUGCAAGAAAAUGGAUAUAGUGAUAUUUAUCUUCAUUGCAAACUCAGCCUGUGCAACCAAAGGAACUCCUUCUGUGUCCCACACUGUGCAAGGAGGACAUCUCGCUCUGUUUCCAGCUCUGAUGCCAUUGAGCACCUCACCAUUGGGCCAAUUGUUUGGGACAAGUCACCUGAGUAAGCUGUUACCAAACUUCUACAAACACACUCUAUCAUGUCACGUUUUUUUGUACUGCACUAUUUUUGUAUCAACAAGGCAUUAAACUAUAAUCAAGCACUG